UUUUCUCUGAAAGCUGGUUGGCGCGGUAUUCUUGCGUAACCUGUACCCUCAACAAAGAUGGUCGAUUGGCCCACGUUGACGGGUAUGCAUGACGUUCUCCGCGCGCACAGGAAAGCUCAUACCUUGAGUAAGAUUUUGUUGGUCGUAAAAGUGCUACUGGACUCAAACUGGGUUCUGUUAUUUCAGACCACCACGGCUGCCCACGUGGAUCCGUCUGCUUAAUAGCUGGGACUUUCGCGGGGCGAGUGACCCGGCAUGUCCGUUUUCCACGACGAAGUGGAGAUCGAGGACUUCGAGUACGAUGAGGAGAGUGAGACCUACAGUUACCCGUGUCCGUGCGGAGACCGCUUCCUCAUCACGCGGGAAGAUCUGGAGAAUGGUGAAGACGUGGCCACCUGCCCUAGUUGUUCGCUCAUAGUGAAAGUAAUCUAUGACAAGGAACAGUUUAUGUGUGGUGAAGAAGUCUCAGCACCUACCGCAAACAAGGAGUUGGUUAAAUGUUGAUGGUCACCUGGUGAAUUGUGCUAUCCAUCAAAGAUGGGGAAGCAGAAUCUAAGCAGACGAUGUACAAUUGUUUCUCAUCAGCUGCUUCUGUAGUAUAUGAGAGAGAGAACUGAUUUCAAAACAUGGAGUUUGGUUCCUUUAGAAAUGAUUAAUAUAUUUAAAGACACAGUAAUCUUUUUCGCAUGCAGUGGAGACAGGCGGAAGUCCAGAGUUGCUGACAUUGUCCAAAGUAUUUAUUCUAAGCCUAUUGAAUACUUGCCAACAAGCAGUGGAUUGCAGACCUUGGAUCCUUCCUGAUGGUGUUCCGAAUGAAACACGAGGUCCUUGUAAUGAAGCACAAGAACGCUGGGUUCCGUGUUGCUUGAGUCAUUUGGCGAAUGAUGGGAGAAGUUAUCUGAAUCAUAGGCCCAAAUCAAGCUUGUACCAAUUUUCUCACUGGUCUUUCAUUUUAUACAAAGUUUCUUCAUGUCAAACUAGUUGUAUUUGGACAAAUUUGUCAACUAACUUCAGCAUUGCCAUCCAUCUUGGUGGAUAAGCAAAGGUCGUAACUACUUGGGUGUUUCCAAACAGCAUGCAGCCUGAUCUUAAGCAUAGUUUCAUGUACCUCAGUCAGCUGACUUCAAACUUUCAGAUGGAUUUGCAGUUUCAGGAUACAAUUCUGCCAAAGCUUUUCAAGAGGAACAUUUGUAGGGGUAUUAACCAUUUCCAUUAAUAGCUUUAUUUUAGAGAGAAUUUGUAUGGAAAUCCACUACAUUUUGUUUUUCUUGGACUCCUUCCUGUCACUUUCCCCCAAACAUGUAAAAUUAUGAGAUGUUGUCUCAGUACAAUUUAAACAUUGUUUAUUCAGCAUUUCAGUGAAUUUUUUCCUUUAAUUUGGAUUUUAAAAUAUGAACAAGCAUAACCUGGUUCAUCAUCAUCUGUCUUCACUGCCAUAACCCAUUACUGGAGUUGGACUAUUUAAAACCAGGCCAGUUGUUUUAACUUCUGACUGAAUAUGGCAAAACCCUUUUUGCAAGCCUUCAAGAUCAACUUUUUGACCAACAGCUUUUGUUCUUCAGUCUCUUACUGAGAUUGCUUUGGGUGACCUAUAGG